AUGAAAGUGGAUGCAUCUCAACCCUUGUCUAUAAUGGAUGGAAACAAUCCUUUCACUAUCGAACAAGAUCAACAAACAAAAAAAAGUUAUUUUAAAGAUUUACGACAAAGUUUUAAUUUAACUUAUUUAACUCACAAAUGGUUUGAUGAAAAAUAUUGGAAAUUAGUUUUUUGUUCAUCAUCCUAUGAUUGUAUUAAUAAAUAUCCAAAUAUUUUUCUUAUAUAUCGAACAUUAUUAUUUGUUCUAACAAUUAUUGAUCUAAUCUAUGGUAUAGUUAUUGCACGUCCUGUACAAGAAUGGAUAAUCUAUUUUACACAUCUAACAUUAUUAAUAACUUUUCUUGCUAUUAUAUUUCAAUUUUUAAUAACAUAUCGUGUAAAUUUUUAUCGUGGAAAUCAAAUUGUUCCACAACAUUAUGUACAAUAUAUUCAUAUUAUUUUAAUUCUUAUAUCAUUAAGUUCUGGGCUUGUUGUGUGUCUUAUCUUUUGGAUAUUUCUUUAUAAUCCAGUAGUACGAUUAUAUUCUUCAUUAAUUCUUGAUCAUGGAAUUAUAUGGUUGUUAUUCUUUAUUGAUAUAUUUCUUUUAACACGUUUACCUAUCUAUAUGAUUGAUUGUAUACCAUUGAUAAUAUUUGUAUUUCUAUAUGGAUUAUUUACAUUUAUAAUUUUUAUAUUUAAAUUUCAAUUUAGUCGAAAUCGUAUUGGAUAUGUUUAUCGAGCAUUUGAUUUUAAUAAUUCACCAUUACGUGUCACAAUUCAAGCAAUUUUAUUUAUAUUUUUUCUACCGGUUUUAAUAAUGUUUAUUUUAUGGAAUUUAUUUCGUUUACGUCGUGCAAUUGAUGUUAAAAUAACAAAUGAAAGAGAAGAAUCAGCUGGAAAUAUGAUGGCUUAG